AUGGUUGAGACCCCUGGGGGUGACGUCCCAUUCGAGCUGGACACGCUCGCUGCCGAUCCCGCUACCACCGAGCACCACAACAAUGCCUCGGAACCGAGCCUGGCCACCAGCGGCAGCCACGGGGAGGAUGGCGCCAGCUGCGGCUCCAACCCCAGCAGCAGGCAGCGCGGCAAGCAGCCGCACCGGCGGCAGUGCCGCAUCCCAGGCUGCGGCGGCCGCCUCGCUGCGAGCUACAACAUGAAGUACUGCAUUUGCAACCGCUGCCGAGAGCAGAAGGUGCUGGACGUGCACGGCGUGCCGCACCGCUGGUGCCAGCAGUGCUCCAAGCUGCACGGCCUCGAGGCGUUUGAGGAUGCGCGGCGCAGCUGCAAGGGCAGCCUGCUGCGCCACCAGCAGCUGCGCUGGGCCAGCAGCAGGCGGGCCACCGGGGGGGCCGCAGAAGAAGCUCAGGAGCAGCGGCGGGCGCGCUCGCCGCAGGCGCGGCCUCCGCCCCUGCCGCAGCUGCCGCCACAGCUGGUGCAGCUGGCACCGUCGCCGUGGGCGCUGCUGCCGCCCACGCCACCGCCGCUUGCCGUGGCACCGGCGUCGGCUCUGCAUCGCCAGGCUGGAGCCCCACCACGCGCCCCAGACCUGCAGCUGGCACACCUGGCCCUGCAGCAGCUGGAAGCCGACAUGCCCGACACGCUGUGGGUGCCCAGCGCAGCCCAGCUGGACCAUUUCAACUCCCAGAUGGGAUUCCAACUGGAAGCUUCCUUUGCCACGCCACCACCCGCCCUGCCUCCGUCGCUGCCGCCUCUGGCUCUCCGCGGCAGCACGGCAGCAGGCAGCAGCGGCAACGCUAGCGGCUGCGCGGCACCCGCCCACACGCCGCUGCCGACCGUGGUGCAGGCGCUGUUCAUAGGCGGCGAGCAGGCCUGGCCGCUGGCGCCUGGCAUCGCUGGCCUUGCCUGUGCCGGGCAGGCCCAGCGCCUGAUGCACCCUGGACUCAUCACAAGAAAAAACGGCAAGACCUAUCGAGCGCUACCCUGA